AUGGAACCGUUGGACGUAGCGAUCUCGGUGGUGAUGCUCUGCUUCGUCGUGUACCUGCUGCUCGACAAGCGAUUCCAGUACUGGACCGGACGCGAUGUUCCGCAAUCCCAGCCGGAGCUGAUAUUCGGCAACAUGCGAGAAGUUGGUCGCAAAAUGCAUAUAGCGGACAAAUUUCGUGACAUGUACCACGAGUUCAAAGGCAAGCAUCCGUUCGGUGGGUUUUACAUGUUCUUCAAACCGGUCGCCAUGAUUACCGAUCUGGAGCUGCUGAAGUGUGUGUUUGUGAAGGACUUCCAGUACUUUCACGACCGCGGGACGUACUACAACGAGAAGCACGAUCCCCUGACGGCGCACUUGUUCAACAUCGAGGGUCAGAAGUGGAAGAGUCUGCGCAACAAACUGUCCCCCACGUUCACUUCGGGCAAGAUGAAGAUGAUGUUCCCGACGAUCGUGGCGGCAGGCAAGCAGUUUAAGGAGUUCAUGGAGGAAACCGUACAGGAGCAGGUGGACUUCGAGCUGAAGGAUGUGAUGGCCCGCUUCACGACCGACGUGAUUGGGAUGUGCGCAUUCGGUAUCGAGUGCAACAGUAUGCGCAAUCCGGACGCCGAGUUUCGCGUGAUGGGACGCAAAAUUUUCCAGAAGCCAAGGGGUAAAGCGAAGAGCCUGUUGAUCAACUCCCUGCCGAGUGUGGCCAAAGUGAUUGGCCUGCGAACGCUGGACCCGGAGGUGUCGGACUUCUUUAUGGGUGCCGUGCGCGAUACGAUCAAAUAUCGGGUGGAGAAUAAUGUGCAGCGCAACGACUUCAUGGAUAUCUUGAUCAAAAUGCGAGGCGAAAAAGAUACGAAAUCGGACGAUGGCACCCUCACCUUCAACGAGAUAGCGGCGCAAGCAUUCGUGUUCUUCCUGGCCGGGUUCGAAACGUCUUCAACGCUGCUCACGUUCACACUGUACGAGUUGGCGCUGGAUCAGGAUGUGCAAGAUAAGGGAAGACGAUGCGUGAAGGAAGUUCUGGAGAAGCACAACGGAGAACUUACCUACGACGCCGUCAUGGAGAUGGACUACUUGGAUCAAAUCCUCAAAGAAACGCUGCGAAAGUAUCCUCCAGUGCCGAUCCACUUCCGGAUCACCUCCAAGGACUACCAGGUGCCCGGCACCAAGUCCGUGCUCGAGGCCGGAACAUCGGUCAUGGUUCCGGUGUACGCGAUUCAUCGCGAUCCGGAACACUUUCCCGAUCCCGACCGGUUCGAUCCGGAACGGUUCACACCGGAAGAGGAAGCGAAGCGCCAUCCGUACGCCUGGACACCGUUCGGCGAGGGACCGAGGAUUUGCGUGGGCCUUCGCUUCGGGAUGAUGCAGGCCCGGAUCGGGCUGGCAUUUUUGCUCACGGACUUCCGCUUCACUCCCGGCACCAAGACCGUCGUGCCGAUGAAGUUAGACAUCAAAAGUUUCAUUCUGUCCCCGGAAGGAGGCAUGUGGUUGAAGGUGGAGAAGAUCAAGUGA